CCGGCUGUGCACUCAGUCUUCUUGGAACACCUGUCCAACUACUCUCGAGACGCUGCGCAGCUGCUUUCGCUCGGUGUGACGCGUGUGUCACAACUUUUCGUACCCCUCGCAUUCGAACACAUGGAUACCCGCCCGAAUGAUCAGCAACUGCAUGGAUGGAUUAAGGACGUGGAACGUGUGAGAGACAUGCUUCACACGAAAUUAAGGGGUUUGGUUCAUGAUUUGCAAUCUGUCAGCGAGAUGAUGGUGAACUACAAGAUGGAACAAGACGAGAACAAUCCAGGAAACUAUCUAAUAAGGCGGCCGCUGUUGAAUCAUCAGCUACUCGCCUAUCACGAGCGGUACCUCGCCUUUCAUGACGAGCUUAGUGCACUAUGCGAGCAGCAACAUCCGAAGUCAUCACAAAUGUUCGCUCUCGCCGACGCACUGUACUCCUUCUGUCGUAACAAUUGGAUCGAAACAGCUCGGAUAUUUAACGAAGGCAAUUCAUCCCAUAUCUACACUGUAGGUAUUCUCUCUCAAGAAGUUCCAGCUAACGCCAUCUCGUCUUGAAGAAAUACUACGACUCUGGGCAUGGUUGUCCACG